UAGUACCAUUACACAUGUCAUUGUCAUCUAUAUAUUAAAUCAAACUGUGCAUGACGCAAGUCUAUCGCAACAUAUAUAAAAUGGGAUGUAGACGUAGAACGAUGUGAUUGUUAUAUCUACAAUACAUUAGACUCGAAAUAUUCAUAAAAGUGCACGUUGAACUCUUUGCAACCAACAUAAUGAAAUUAUUUGCUGUAUUUCUUACGAUCUUUGCAUCGUUAGCCUUUACGGAAGCAUUAAUAAGAUGGCGCCCAAUACCAGGCGCAUGCGUCGACUGUUACGGUCGGUUCCGGGGAGAAGGUGAACGAUAUUUUGAUGGUUGUAAUUGGUGCACAUGCAGCUGGAAUGGGGGUCCAGCAUGUACAUAUAUGGACUGUUACUACAACAGAUGCUUCAAGAAUUAAAUCAUGUCAUAUUUGUAAUAAAUACUUACUACCGUAACGUCACGUAAAAAUAAAAGAAUUACGAUUCCCAA